CAUUUAUAGCCUUGAACUUAUUGCUUUUCUUUUAAAUUGGCUCUUUUGUGUCUUUAUGCACCGCGUGCCUUUUUUAACGACUGAUUUUCUCCUAUGCACCGUAUUUUAGAUACUUUAUUUAACAGCGUGUUGUUGUGUUUAUAAGAUCAGCGCUGCUGUGCUACUUGUUCAUAUAGUUGUCAUGCACACUUCAAAAUAUUAUUUUCUUCUUUCUUCUUUUUUUGUACACUCAAAAUUUAGAAAAAGGCACUUUUAUUUUACUCCAAAUUGACCCAGUGCAACAGAAUGGGUGCAAUCUGAAGUAGACAGUAGAAAUGCAUAAUGCAAGUCUUUAAUACAGAUCUGUUUCAGUUUUAUUUCAUGAAGUUCAGAUGAACACAUACAUGAAUGCAAGCCCACGAAUGUGACCCAAGAGCACGCGCUGAGGGAUCAGAGCUCCGUAAGCAGCUUUUGGCUUCAUAACAGAGUCAUUGUUGGACUUGGACUGUUGUUUUUGUCCUGCAUUUCAUCUAAUGAAGAUGAUGAGGAUGAUAAACCUCGUGAGAGGGUCUGUGAUGAAGAUCCACGGCCUGUCACGCGCAUCUCGAUGUCUGGCAGCUGAAGGCGGUGUGCGUGGGUUGUCCUCUUCAUCUGGUCCAAGAGUGUGUAUCGUAGGCGGAGGCCCUGCAGGUUUUUACACAGCACAACAACUCCUGAAGGCUCGGCAGGACGCGGCCGUAGAUGUUUACGAGCGACUGCCGGUGCCGUUUGGACUGGUGCGGUUUGGGGUCGCGCCUGAUCAUCCUGAGGUCAAGAAUGUCAUUAACACUUUUACUCAGACGGCCCAGCAUGAACGAUGCAGCUUCCAUGGCAAUGUGAAUGUGGGUAAAGAUGUGACGAUUGACGAGUUACGACAAGCUUACCACGCUGUAGUGCUGAGUUACGGAGCCGAAGGAAAUCGUUCGAUGGGAAUUCCAGGUGAAGACUUACCUGGCGUUUUCUCAGCUAAAGACUUUGUCGGAUGGUACAACGGACUGCCCAGUAAUAAGGAGCUGCGUCCAGAUCUCAGCUGUGAGACGGCUGUGAUUCUUGGACAGGGAAAUGUGGCCCUGGAUGUUGCCCGAAUACUUCUGGCACCUGUAGAAAUGCUGAAGGAAACCGAUAUUACCCAGAAUGCACUCAAAGCAUUAGCAGGCAGUAAAGUGCGAAGGGUUUUGAUCGUAGGCCGACGAGGACCUCUUCAGAUCGCAUGUACCAUCAAGGAACUCAGAGAGAUGGUCAAUCUGCCAAACACCAGGGCUGACAUGCUGCCCGCUGACUUUGAGGGCAUCGCAGAAGCUUUGAAAGACCUUCCCAGGCCAAGAAAAAGGCUGACAGAGUUAAUGAUGAAAGCCGCAAAGGAAGGAGGAGAUGAUAAAGCUGAGAAAUGCUGGGGCUUUCGCUUUUUUCGCAGUCCUGUGGAGGUUAUUGCAGGGGCUGAUGGGAAAAGAGCUACUGGAAUCCGAUUGGCUCUUAAUAAGCUUGAGGGUUCGGGCGAGAGCGCACGUGCAGAGGUCACCGGUCAGCUGGAGGAUGUGGACUGUGGUCUGAUCAUCAGCAGUAUCGGCUAUAAAAGCAUUCCCAUCGAUCCCGCUGUUCCCUUUGACCCCCGAAGAGCCAUCAUUCCAAAUGUAAUUGUCUGUGUUUAUGUUUGGGCAGGUCUGUACUGCAGCGGCUGGGUCAAACGUGGACCUACUGGUGUGAUUGCAACCACCAUGAAUGACAGUUUCGACACGGCACGCGUUUUGAUUCAGGAUAUGGAGGCGGGCAAGCUGGAUCUGUCAGUCAACAAACCGGGCGCUCAAGCGAUCACUGCCCUUCUGCAAACACGAGGUGUGAGAACGGUGCUUUUUUCACAAUGGGAGAAAAUUAAUGCAGAGGAGGAGAAAAGAGGCAAAUUCCUGGGAAAACCCAGGGAAAAACUUCUGGAUGUGGACGAGAUGCUGAAGAUCGCCUGGUCCUGAGAAGCGCUGCCAAGAGCACAUCUGAACUCAAUCUGUGCUGUCACAACCGGAAAUCUGUUGAUGUCAUAAAAACAACCAAAAGAGAUCUCGUUCAUUUGUGGUUUUCACUUUUUUUUCCCUCUGUGGAACAGAAAAAGAUAAUGUUUGAAAGAAAGUUCUUGCUGCUCUUCUUAAUACAAUGAAAAAUUUGAAAUAACGAUUGUGUUAUUCACACAAACCUAUCAUAUGACUUCUGGAAAUAUAGUGCACUAUUGUGCAAAAUAACAUUUAUGAUGUUUUCUUGUGCACUGGUUCACUUCACUUUCAUUGUAUAAUAAGCAACUGGGUGAUUCUUCUAAACAUCAUCUUUUCAUUUCCUGAGAAUAAAUCAAGUGUAAUGAUAUGAUGCAUGCAGAUAGUGGACUGACGCACGUUUCAUGUCAUUUGAGAACUGUUCUUUUAAAAGAAAGCUGUGCUGGAUUUUAUGCUUCAUGCAUUUGUUCACCAAGUACGGAUUGUAUCAGUAAAGAAUCUCAUUAAUGAAUUGUUUAUCUUUGAUGUCAGCACAUGGACUUGAAAUAAUCACUAGCAUUUCUCCUAAGUGUUCCUGAUGUAAUGUUGGACCAGUCGUUAACCAAAUAGUUAACACAAAUUGACAUAUUGUUAUUAUUGUUAUUCUUGCCAGAAUUAACAUGUCUUUGUGAAAUAGCUUGAAUCCACACUGAAAAUAUUUUUACGUAAUAAAUAAUACACAAGAA